GACAACCACCGGUCGCAAGCUGUAUACGACGAUCUGGAGGGAUAUCGUCACGGCGCGAUUAAAACCCGCCGUUUCGACAAUCAGUUUUGGAAGGCGUUGGCGGUACAGAAUUACAAAGUAUGGGAGGUGAUCGAAAGGACCGGUUUCGGGCCGCUUUUCAGAAUGGGCCGAAUAUCGACGAAGAACAGCUUGAUUACAUGUCUAGUGGAGAGGUGGCGUCCGGAGACGAACACCUUCCACUUUGACUUCGGGGAGGCUACAAUAACGCUGCAGGACAUACAUGUCCUCUUUGGUCUCCCGGUCGAUGGAACGCCGUGUUGGGGACAAACAAUUAACCACGAACCCCACACGUGGCAAGAACACUGUGCCGAUUAUCUAGGGUUCGAGCCCUCAGUCCAGCACCGCCACACCCGGCAAUGGAGAUUGCUGGAUUCAAUUACCGUCGCCUUCUUCACGGCGGUCCUACUCUUUUUCUCAUGGUGUUCACCCCGCUCAGCCACUCGCUUGUGGCCACCGGGCGAAAGACGCUGCUGCGCUUGGAUGCGCGCCACCGCGGGAGGCUGGUGGCGUUGGUGGACCUCGGCUGGCUGGGGACGGCCUAUGCUUGCCCUGUCUGACAUGGUGGACCGCAUGCCGUGCGAGGAUCCUAGAAUCAACAGCCAGCUGAGCAGGGAGAUGAAUUUCUACGAGGAGGGGCAUUGCCCCCGGUCGGAAGAGGCUCCACUUUGUCUGAUCCCGCCACCGGAAGGCUCUACACAGUCUUCAGUGAUGUUUGCUGCAAAGGACAACAACCCUGAGAUUGAUUGGUAUCCAGACUCAGGUGCUUCUCACCAAGUCACAAAUGAUUUCUCAAAUUUAAGUGUGGCUUCAGAUUACUCGGGUCAAAACAAACUGCAGAUUGGAAAUGGUGCUGGAUUAGACAUCUCUCAUGUUGGUAAGGGUUCUUUCCUCAGCCAAACAAAUUGUCACACCAAACACCACACUUUCAAAUUAAAUAACCUUUUACAUGUGCCUGAAAUAGCCAAAAAUCUGAUUAGUGUUGCUCAGUUUGCAAAAGACAAUCAUGUGUUUUUUGAAUUUUUCCCUACUUUUUGUACUGUGAAGGAUCAAGUUUCAGGUCAGGUUCUUCUCAAAGGGAUUCUUAGAGAUGGUUUAUACACUUUCAAGCUUAAUAGGGUCAAGUCCAGAAGUGAAGAAUUUCAAGAGUUGAGUGAUAAGUCUAGGAAGUCUGUUAUUAUGAGAAAGCAUGAUGUUGCUGUUCCUGUUAGGCAGGUUUAUGUUGCUAGGUGUUCUAAGUCUAUUGAGCUUUGGCAUAAAAGAUUAGGUCAUCCUUCUUUUGAUGUUACUAGGAAGGCUUUGAAUGAUUGUAAUCUCCCUUAUGUCAAUAAUAAAAUACCUUUUUGCUCAGAUUGUGCUAUUGCCAAAACUCACAGACUCCCUUUCACUCAAUCUUCUCAUGUAUCUCAUCAUCCCUUGCAGCUCAUCCACACAGACCUAUGGGGACCAGCCCCUAUAAAAUCCACCUCAGGAAGUCAAUAUUAUGUUGCUUUCAUUGAUGACUACUCUAAAUACACCUUGAUUUAUUUCUUAAAACAAAAAUCAGACACCCUCACAGCCUUUGCUCAUUUCAAAAACUUUGUUGAAAAUCAACUUAACCACAAGAUAAAAAUGGUGCAAAGUGAUGGAGGCACAGAGUUUAAACCAUUGUCCACCCUAUUUAAUGAAGCUGGGAUACAUCACAGAAUUUCCUGCCCACAUACACCACAACAAAAUGGUUUAGUGGAAAGGAAACAUAGACAGAUUGUAGAGGUUGCUCUUUCCUUGUUUUCUCAGUCCAAUGUGCCAAAAAGGUUUUGGGAAGAGUGUUUUAGUUCAGCUGUGUACCUCAUUAACAGAAUUCCAAACAAAACCAUCUCCUUCAAAACCCCAUUCUCUCAUCUCUUUGGCCAUUUCCCAGAUUACAAUCACCUUAGAGUCUUUGGUUGUGCAGCCUACCCCCACCUUCGACCUUAUGUGCAUGAUAAGCUAGAGUUAAGGUCUCAACAAGGAGUUUUCCUGGGAUAUAGCUCCCAGUACAAAGGGUACAAGGUUUUAUUGAAAAAUCACAAAGUUAUAAUUUCUAGGGAUGUAGUGUUUAAUGAAAAUUUGUUACCUUAUAUGAUUUCUAAGCAAACUGAGCAAUCUAAUUUGCACACACCUCAGACUUCCACACAUCCACCCCCACAUAUUGUUCUUGAUUCUCCAAACUCUACAUCCCCUAACAACACCACAACUCCAAUUCCCACUAAUGACAUUCAAACCAGCCCUCCAUCCACCCCCUCACAUACACACACUACAAGAAAU